AUGGCAAAUUGUGGUGGCCUAGAACAACACAUGAUGAACCUUGACACCUCAUUGUGCCAGAAAAGUCCAUCUCAAAAACAAAAAAUCAGCCCCAUCAACACCUUUGACAUGGAAACCUUCUCCCAAAUCAAUCAUCUCCGCACUUUCUCCGAUUCCUCGUUUUUGAAAAACUCAUCGACCGAUACAAACGCCACGCGGGAUUUUGGAUUCAGUGGAAGCCUCCCGCCACAUCAUCACAUUCCACACGGGAAGCACAAGAAGCAUUACACGCACAGCGACAGCUUCUCGUCCGUGAAUUCGGAUAAUCAUUCGACAUGCACAGAGGGGCUGGGGCUCGAGAGCUUCAAUGACGUCGAUGAGUUUUUCAAAAACGAAAUCUUUAGAAAUAAUAAUAACAAUAAUCGCAAUAGGCAAUUGCGAGAGAAACGAAGUCUCACGAGAAAAGAGUUGAAAAGAUCGAGAAGUUGCGGGAUGGGCGAACUCCCACCUCCAAUCUCUUGUAUAGGAAAAUGUGGGAAGCCAUUUGUGAGCUUCAAGUCAUUCAGGCAAGACGGGAGGUUCAUUCUUAAGGAGAUAAAGAUCCCGGAAUUACUGCACGUGUGCCGUGAAAAUGGACGGUUGAAAUUGCAGUUUAUCCAGUCUGAUGACGAUGAUGAAGGUGGUGAAGAAGAAGAUGAUGAUGAUGAUGAUGAUAAUGAAGGUAUUGAUGAAGAUGGGAAAGAGAAAAAUGUGGAGAAGAUAUAG